AUGGCGGCGGCCGCGGGACCCCCGGCGAGGCGGGCGCUCCCCGCCGCCCGUGGGGGGCGAAGCAGCGUCUGUGUGCGCGGCCUUGCGGCCGCCCGGCCCCGUGUGCCCUCCCCCGGGCCGUCCCGUGCCCCAGGCUCCGCCCGGGCAGAGGGGUCGCGCCUUGACGUGAGCUCUUUGUCUGCGCAGUUCCUAAAGAGUAAGAUGGGGAAGGGCGAGAAGGCGGCCGCCCCGCACAGCCAGCCCGGUCACAGCAUACAUCURUGUGAGCAGCCAAAGAUCAACAGGCAGAAGAGCAAGUGCAGCGCGCCCCUGGCAAAGAUCACUUCUGCGAAAAAGAUCGAGAACUUUUGGCAAGAGCCCGUGUCCCCCGAGAUAAUUCAGAAGCAGGAGAAAAAGCCACUUAAAAACACAGAGAACUUCCGAAAUGCAAAGUCCAAGAAACCCGUCACCCUAAUGGAAGCGAGCCAAAAAGAAAAUUACGCUGGGGCAAAAUUCAGUGACCCACCAUCUCCUAGUGUCCUUCCAAAGCCUCCCAGCCACUGGGUGGGCGGCACUGCUGAACCUUCUGACCAAAACAGGGAGUUGAUGGCUGUCCAUUUAAAAACUCUCCUCAAAGUUCAAGCAUAGUUUCCAAAAUCUCUGGAAAGUAGCAAAAAAAAAAAAAAAUCCAUCCAGGAAACGUACCAUGCCUUGUUGCAACGUGCAUUGCAAAAGACUGUCAAGUCUUACAAAAACCCUUGUAUUAUAUUUUUUAUGGUUGUGUAAAUAGUGUACAUCAUGUAUUAUGUGUAUAUUCUUGUUCAUACUUCAAGAGGUACAUUUUAGUUUUGUUAUGAAAGGAUGUAUUUUGCACUGCCUGAAUGGUAGCUGUCCUGUACAUAAAACAUGGACAAUUUUAAGUGUGUGCUUGACACAUGAAGACUUGACUUGAUUUGCACAAGGUAAUGAAAAUUUCGAAAGGAGAGUACAGCUUUCUGAUGUUGAGGUUCCAGAUCAAAUGUGAAUGGUUUAUUCGUGCACUACUGACAAUACUUUUGCAUUCUGUGGCCCAAUCAAGUAUAAACAUGGAAUUUCAUGCAAAUGGGAAUUUUUGCUCUCUGCUCUGUAAACAGUGUCUGGAAUUCCUGGUCAUCUGUUUGCUGUGAAAUUCACUGGAGUUUGUGUAAAAUUCCAGCCCAUCAAUUUGAGCACUGCUGAUUUCU